AUGCGUGGUGUGAUAAGAUUUGGAGUGAAGGGUAAGCUAGCCCCGAGGUAUAUUGGAUCUUACGAGGUUAUCGAGAAGGUUGGGGAGGUCUUUUAUCGAUUGAACUUACCAGCGCAGUUAGGGCAUGUUCACAAUGUGUUCCACGUAUCAAUGCUAAGGAAGUAUACUCCAGACCCAUCGCACAUCAUUGAGUACGAGGCUAUCCCUCUUCAGGAGGACGUGACAUAUGAAGAACAACCUAUCAGAAUCCUGGUGAGAGAGUUAAAGGUGCUAAGGAACAGGGAGAUUCCAGUAGUCAAGGUCUUAUGGCGGAAUCAUAGAGAAGACGAGGCUACUUGGGAGUUAGAGUCGGAGAUGUAUGAGAAGUAUCCUCAUUUGUUUAAUUUCAGCUUGAGAUUGUACUUUGAAAAUUUUGACGCGAAAUUUCUUUAA